UACUGACUGAGGAUGUCCUGUUAGGUGCGUGUGUGUGUGUGUGUGUACGUGUGUGUGUGUUAAUGAGACGGGUAGGAGCUCCUAGCUGCUUGAUUGCUCAGAUAGCCCUCAACAAUCCGAGCUGGAAGGAGUCGUCUGGUGUCUGCAGGCUUCACACAGAACGACAGCGAGGCCUCAGGAGGGACCUGCCCUCGUCCCCUCUUCAUCUGCAGUGCACUUCAUCACAACACGACCAUGAGCACUCACGAGCACAACCACUCACUGGACUUCUACAAUGGCACACCAUGGUAUGCCUAUGAGUGCACCCUCCAGAUGGAUAGUGCCAGAGACUACCGCCGCAUCGCCCUCUUCCUCAUCUACCUGUUCAUCUUCAUGGUGGGCCUGCUGGAGAAUGGGCUGGUCAUCUGGGUCAACUGGCGCCGACGCCACUCGGCCAACGGGGUUCUCUUCUGCAUCAUCAACGUGAGCCUGUCGGACCUCAUGGUGAUUGUGAUCCUGCCUUUUUUCAUGAUGGAGGUGACCAUGGACAAGGUUUGGCUGUGGGGACGCUUCCUCUGCAAGGUCACCAACCUCAUCUAUGUGAUCAACUUCUACAGCAGCUCCUUCUUCCUGGCCUUCAUGACCCUGGAGCGCUAUCUGUCCCUGACCAGACCCUCGUUUCCGGCCUUCUUCCCUGUGGUGGGCCGGCGCCGCUGGCUGCUCUGUGGAGGCCUGUGGAUGCUCUCCUUGUUCCUGGCUCUGAUGGAGAACGUCCACGUGGAUCUUCUGGAGUGGGACGAGCCCGGUUGUUACAUGCUACCCGAGCAGAACUACACCGAAUGGUUUGUCUCCGUGGCUUUCUUUUGCCUGAUCUUCCAGUUCCUGGUCCCUGCUUCCGUCAUCAUCACCUGUAACGUGCUGAUCGCUCGUGCCGUUAAAACAGCACCGGACGUGCAGGGCCGGCGGGACGUGUGGCUGGUGCAUGUGUACUCCUUGGUGUUUGUCGUGUGCUGGCUUCCCUACCACAUGGUCAUGGUUAUGAUGAUCAUAGAUGACCUUAACCCCCUCAUCUUUAGCUGCAACACAGUAGACGUCCUCUACUUCAUAUUCAACUUGGUGCAGAGCCUGUCUCUAUUCCACUGCGUUGCCAACCCCAUCCUCUACAACUUCCUCAGCAAGAGCUUCCGCAGCAACCUGAUCAGCACUGUGGUGAACUACAUACCCAGAGAGAGAGGUGUGGACCAGCUGGGUGCAGGGUCCCAGCCCAACACUCCCAACGGAGGCGGGGGAGACCCGGGGAAGCAACGCAAGUUAAGUAACGCCAGCACCAGCCAGUCUGAUGUGUCAUAAGAAAGAAGCUGAGAUAAGAAAAGAGGGCGCUUCAGGAGACGCUUUCUAAGAAAGAUUUGACAGAACUGAAUCCAAUCUUGGUGCUUCAGAAUACCAGAAGCUUAUCUGGUCAGAGAAUCAUUGUGGUGUUUGUUAUUGGCACACUCAUAAUCCAUUUCCUGUUUUGUUAUCAUGUAUUUGAUCACAGUGUUAGACAGAAAAUGUUUAAACUCUAAAGUCUCCUGGCACAGAAGAAGAAAGGUGCCAGGAAUGUGUGUAAACAAAUCUGAUCCUGCCAGAUGAGAGUAAUCCUCAUAACCACAAACAAAUGUAACCGUUUUAUUUCACUUCAAAUCUAAACAGAUAAAUCAUAUAUUGCAUUACUGAAUGCUUAUUUAUCUGUUCAGGGAUGUUGCUGUGGUCCACAUGUGCUCACAUACAAUAAAACUGCAUCAAACACC